AUGUUUAAAACUAUCAUGUUUCUCCUAUUUUCCACGUAUUUUGCGAAAGAAUUUCGAAUAAAGCGACAAGUUUCUGGUGCGACAGCUGAAAUCUACAAGCAAAAUUAUGAAAUUAGGAAACAAAAGGAGGCGGAAGAAUUGAAGUUAUUGAUUGAAAAGAUUCCGAAUUUAUUGAGAGAACAAUCAAGUUCAGCGAAUCAAGAUUGGUUUUCGAGUAUAGUUUCACUUGUAGAUCUGAUAGAUCAUCGAAGGUUUAAGCCAACAAUUUGCGGACACAAUGUUCUACCUUAUCGUAAGUUAGGGUGAUUCAGAAAGGAUUUUUAUCCUACCAAAAGUCUCAAAUAAAUUCUAGGUGGCUUCAAAGCUGCAACUUUUCUCGGAUUUCUCGAUUUUGAGCGACGAAGAUAUCGUAAAUCCAACACGAUUCCUCAUGAAAUCGCAGUUCUUCAAAAGCCCGGAACAAUUUCAACUCCAACAAUUCUUGUAACUUUGCAACUUCCCAGUUUGAUGAAUUUCACAGCGAUUUGGAAAUAUCAAAUCAUUCUGGGGAAAUGUGCGGAGGAUAUUUGGAAGAUUCAAUCGAUUCAAAUUGAUGGAGCUUGUGUGAAUUCACAAAAUUUUGAUAAAAAUUAUGUGAAAAGUGGAGAAAAUGAAAAAGAAACCGGAAAAUUGAUAGCAGAUGUGGUUGAAGGAAAGUAA